CGCCAUAUAUACAUAUAUAUAUAUUUGAAGCAAGCAGUUUGUAGGCAGUUUGUUCUUUAAUUAUUGUGUGUUGGUUAUGGAGCUUGAACUUGGACUUGCACUUCCAUCCCACAACCCAACAAAAGGGUUCGAUCUGAACCAGAAUAGAUUACUGGAGCAGAAAGAGAUCAUGACGACGACGAAGAAGAAGAUGAUGACGAUGAUGGUCUCUGCAGGAAUUUACAAACGCAGCUUUCUUCAAGCUUUUGAUGACGAUCAUGAGGAUCAUCAUCAAUAUCAUCAUCAUCAUGAUGUUGGAGCUGAAGCAGCCCCUGAGAAGAGGAAAUUAGGGAAAUUCUCUGUAUCUUGGAAUGGCCAGCAAGACGAGGAAGAUGAUGGCAAUGGCUCAGAUUCAGACUCGGACACUAUUAGUAACCUGGAUGAAGCCGGGGAAGAAAGCCUGGUCGUGGGGUGGCCACCAGUGAAGUCAUGGCGGCAGAAGCUGCUGCACCACCAGCCCGGCCGCGGCGGGAUGGCGAAGGAUCGGGCGGCGGGAACCCAUGGAUGGAAGUCGACCUACGUGAAGGUGAAGAUGGAGGGCGUGGCCAUAGGAAGGAAGAUCGAUCUGCAACUUUAUCAUUCUUACCAGACCCUCACCGCCACUUUGAUCGCCAUGUUUGGCAAAUAUGAGAAAUGUGGAGGAGGGAGCCAUGGCUAUACACUGACUUAUCAAGACAAAGAAGGAGAUUGGCUGCUUGCAGGAGAUGUUCCAUGGCAAACAUUUGUGGAGUCAGUGAGUCGCCUGGAGAUAGUAAAGAAUGGUGGCUAAUCAACAAUAUGCCCAAAUCUGGUGUUUGAGAGGGUAGCAGUGCCUCCAGCAGUGCCAUUGUUAAUGUUGUAGUUUGAGUGUUUGUAAGACAAUAUAUAUAUUUAGGAGAUAAGUAGUUUGCUAUUGCCAGUCCGUUAUGAAGCAAAAACGACUGAAAUAAAGGCAUGGUAUUGCUAUUUCAUGCAUUUGAUAUAUUCUUUGGAAUUAGUUAUUUCUAAUUAAUUAGCUGAUAUGUGUUGCAGAA